GGUACUUAUUUCCUGUGGUAAAUUCGUAUAAAUUGAAGUACUUCUUAGUCAUGUGUACAUACCUACAUCAUGACAUUAUCGAUCACUUUAAACGUCAAUUGCUAGUGCGAAGGUUACCUAAUUGCACAUAGUUAAACUUAAAGCUUUAUCCGACUUUACCUAAGAUAGGGAAAGCAUGUAUACAACUCUCCACCUUAUCAUAGCGACAAACGACUCAUCACAACUUACCACUUAACAAUAUUUACCUAUCACUUAACCCUUAGUCGUCGCAUCUCAACUAUUGCUGGCAGACAUGGGUCAUCUUGUGACUGUUGCGACUUGUUCGCUAAAUCAGUGGGCCCUUGAUUGGGAGGGAAACACUCAACGUAUUAUCGAGAGCAUUCAAAAAGCGAAAGCUGCUGGUGCACGGCUACGCGUUGGACCAGAGCUGGAAAUAUGCGGUUAUGGAUGUCUCGAUCACCUGAUGGAGCAGGACCUUUACCUGCACUCUUUAGAGAUGCUAAGGCGAAUCCUGCUUGAUGAGAGCUGUCAUGGCAUACUACUGGACAUUGGUAUGCCUAUCCAGCAUCGGAACCAGCGAUUUAACUGCCGAGUCAUAUGCCUCAACUCCAAGAUCCUGAUGAUCAGGCCGAAGAUGUGGCUCGCAAAUGACGGCAACUAUAGGGAAAUGAGGUUUUUCACACCGUGGAUGCAUCCCCGAGAGGUAGAAGAUUAUCAUCUGCCUCGCAUGCUACAGGAGAUCCAAGGAGCCACACAUGUGCCCUUUGGUGAUGCCGUUAUCUCUACCCCUGAUACUUGCUUGGGCGCAGAAACGUGCGAGGAGCUCUUUACCCCUGCGGCGCCUCACAUUCCCAUGAGUCUCGAUGGUGUAGAAAUCAUCACAAAUUCCAGUGGUUCGCAUUUCGAGCUGCAAAAACUCGAAACCCGACUGCAGCUCAUUACGGAAGCUACCAGGAAAUGCGGGGGUGUCUAUCUUUAUGCUAACCAACAGGGCUGUGAUGGCGACCGAUUGUACUACGAUGGCUCAGCUAUGGUCAUUGUGAACGGAAAGGUUGUGGCACAGGGCUCUCAAUUCAGCCUUAACGAUGUCGAGGUGGUGACAGCAACAGUGGACCUCGAGGAAAUCCGCGCCUACCGGUCGGCAAUCUCUCGUGGCCUACAAGCUGCUAGUUCCAGCGCGAAGUACAAGCGUAUUCAGACUGCAUUUGAACUCAGUUCAGAACAGGAUGAUUUCGAUAUUGAAAAGCGUCCAUCACCACCGAUCAAGCUUCGAUAUCAUACCGUGGAAGAAGAGGUCGCACUUUCAGCAGGAUGCUACCUCUGGGAUUACCUGAGACGAUCAGGUGUGGCAGGGUACCUUGUUCCUCUAAGCGGGGGCAUAGAUUCUUGCGCUACCGCAACUAUCGUCUACUCUAUGUGUCGUAUUGUGAUGGAUGCAGUAAAGGAAGGAAAUCCCCAAGUAAUUGAUGAUGUUAAACGGAUUGCUAAGUAUAAGGGCGAGAAUGUUCUCCCUGAGACCCCACAGGAGCUAUGCAAUCAGAUCUUCUCGACUAUUUACAUGGGCAUGAAGGCACAGAGUUCCGAUGAGACGCGACAAAGAGCAAAGGACCUAGCAGAAGCUAUCGGCAGCUAUCAUGUCAACCUAGAUAUCGACGAUGUUUACAAUGCUCAGAAGGCCCUUAUUGUCAGCACCUUGAACUUUGAACCGAAGUUCAAGGUGCAUGGUGGAACCUAUCAAGAGAACAUCACGUUGCAGUGUCUGCAGGCAAGAAUUCGUAUGGUUACGGCUUAUGAAUUUGGGCAAAUCUUGCCGACGGCUCGAAACCGGCCCGGCGGUGGAAGUUUACUUAUUCUUGGAAGCGCGAACGUAGGAGAAUCUCUUCGUGGCUACCUUACAAAAUAUGAUUGUUCAAGCGCGGACAUCAAUCCGAUCGGUUCUAUUGAUAAGGCCGAUCUGAAGCGAUUCAUUGCCUGGGCCGAGAAAAACUUCGAUCUGCCGUGCUUGCAUGAGUUUCUUACUGCUACGCCAACUGCAGAGCUCGAGCCCCUGACAGAGUCCUACGUGCAGAGCGACGAAGUGGACAUGGGAAUGACUUAUGCGGAACUAACAAUUUUCGGACGUCUGCGUAAGGAAAACAAGCUGGGACCCUUUGGCAUGUUCCAGCGGCUCGUUCACGAUUGGAGCGCCGACCGCGUCAAGGGGCCCGACGACGAUGCCCCCGAGUACACGCCCGCUCAGGUGGCCGAGAAGGUCAAGCGCUUCUUCCAUUUCUACGCCAUCAACCGCCAUAAAAUGACGACUCUCACACCCGCUCUGCACUGCAACCCCUAUUCCCCCGACGACAACCGAUUCGACCUCCGACCGUUCCUGUACCCUCCCUUCUGGAAAUCGUGGUCCUUUAAGAAGAUCGAUCGGGAGUUGGAGAAGAUCGAGAAGCGGAUGGCGAAGAAAUAGGAGCUCGCUCGCUUGGCAGGCGAACAGUGAUAGAUGCGAUGCCUCUGCUCUUGGAAAUGGCGUACGUAUACGUAAGUCCGAGGCUAGUUAGGCGGAUUUGUAGGUAGUAACUUUAGAUGCGCGAUAUGCUGUGGCCAUAGUUGUACAAUACACAGCGCAUAGCUGCAAGUUGCACUAAAGUAUAAAUAAAAACAUGUUACACUACGGACUACGGUUGGUUCGUGUGCAAACAUGAAAUACGUCAAUAAAAUCACAUUUUGCAAAGAAACCCUGUUCAUGAGAUUCCGCACAACUAGGUAGUUAGCGAAUAGUUAAUGGGUAGAAC